GCAUCGCGCCCGAGGCGCUGGCUCAGGGACAGGCGUCGCUGACAGAAACAGACACGAGGACAAGGACUCCCCAGGCCUGGCACCUGGUUUAGGACUGAAAGCGAGUACUCCAGGGAAGGGGCCUAUCUAAGAGUCUGGCUUUCCUGCCUCUUGUAAGGAGGAGAAAAAGGGUGCUGCGGGGAAGAUGACCAUGUAGAUGCGACCUCCUGGGAACAGCAGCAUGGGCAGCGGUGAAUGGGGAGGAACAGGUCUGCAGCCUUGAGAGCAACCGCCCCACGGACCAGGUCCCUUCCUCAGCCUCGGGCCUUCCUGCCUCGGCCUCGGGCCUCCCCGCCUCGGCCUCGGGCGGUCCCCACCGAGAGUUCCCCGCCACACGCCGGAUCCCCUGUUUGAACGCUCAGAAUCUGAGCUGACUGGCAAUAGUCUUUAAAGUUUCUUCGAAGAACAUUAUCUGUCCCGUGGCUGUGUCUGUGCCCGAGACUAUUGAGAGACACCCUUGAGCUCACAACGGGAAGCAAUCUCGUCAGCCAAGAUGGGUGACAUGACCAACAGCGAUUUCUACUCCAAGAACCAAAGAAAUGAGGCCAAUCAUGCAGGCGAGUUUGGGUGCACGUUGGCGGAGCUGCGCUCCCUCAUGGAACUCCGUGGGACAGAAGCCGUGGUCAAAAUUAAGGAGACCUACGGAGACACGGAGGGGCUCUGCAGGCGCCUGAAGACCUCGCCCAUAGAAGGUUUGCCGGGCACAGCUCCAGACCUAGAAAAAAGAAAGCAAAUUUUUGGGCAAAACUUUAUACCUCCAAAGAAGCCAAAAACUUUCCUCCAGCUAGUCUGGGAAGCGCUACAGGACGUGACUCUCAUAAUCUUGGAAAUUGCAGCCAUCAUAUCUCUGGGGCUUUCAUUUUACCAUCCUCCUGGAGAAGGAAAUGAAGGAUGUGCAGCAGCACAGGCUGGCGCUGAGGAUGAAGGGGAGGCAGAGGCAGGCUGGAUCGAGGGUGCUGCCAUACUUCUGUCAGUUAUCUGUGUCGUCCUGGUCACUGCCUUCAAUGACUGGAGCAAGGAGAAGCAGUUCCGAGGUCUUCAGAGCCGCAUUGAACAGGAGCAGAAGUUCACUGUGGUCCGAGGAGCCCAGGUCAUUCAGAUCCCCGUGGCAGAGAUAGUGGUUGGUGACAUUGCGCAGGUAAAAUAUGGUGACCUGCUCCCUGCUGAUGGGAUUUUCAUUCAAGGAAAUGACCUCAAGAUUGAUGAAAGUUCAUUAACAGGAGAGUCUGAUCAGGUUCGCAAAUCUGUUGACAAGGAUCCCAUGUUGCUUUCAGGAACCCAUGUCAUGGAGGGCUCUGGAAGAAUGCUGGUCACUGCUGUGGGAGUGAACUCUCAGACUGGCAUCAUCUUCACCUUGUUAGGAGCUGGCGGAGAAGAAGAGGAAAAGAAAGAUAAGAAAGUAGAUUCUUCCCAUCCCUCCCACCUUACUUCAGCUACAGAUGGCGCAGCAGGUGCAAAUGCCACUGAUAAUGCAAAUGCCAGCUUAGUCAAUGGUAAAAUGCAGGAUGGCAAUACGGACAGCACCCAGAGCAAAGCCAAACAGCAGGAUGGGGCAGCUGCUAUGGAGAUGCAGCCCCUGAAGAGUGCUGAAGGGGGAGAUGGAGAUGACAAGAAGAAAGCCAAUAUGCACAAAAAGGAGAAAUCAGUCCUUCAGGGGAAGCUGACUAAGCUGGCGGUGCAGAUAGGCAAAGCCGGCCUGGUGAUGUCGGCCAUCACGGUGAUCAUCUUGGUGCUCUAUUUUGCUGUGGACACCUUCGUGGUGAACAAGAAGCCAUGGCUGCCAGAGUGCACCCCAGUGUAUGUCCAGUACUUUGUCAAGUUCUUCAUCAUCGGGGUCACUGUACUGGUAGUCGCAGUCCCCGAGGGGCUGCCUCUGGCUGUCACCAUUUCCCUGGCUUACUCUGUAAAGAAAAUGAUGAAAGAUAACAAUCUCGUACGCCACCUGGAUGCUUGCGAGACUAUGGGCAACGCUACGGCUAUUUGUUCUGACAAGACGGGGACUCUGACGACCAAUAGGAUGACUGUGGUACAAGCUUAUGUUGGAGAUGUUCACUACAAAGAGAUUCCUGACCCAGACUCAGUAAACUCCAAAACGCUAGAACUGCUGGUCCAUGCAAUUGCCAUCAACAGCGCCUACACUACGAAGAUUCUGCCCCCAGAGAAAGAGGGUGCUUUGCCCCGCCAGGUGGGGAACAAGACUGAAUGUGGCUUGCUGGGAUUUGUCCUGGACCUGAAGCAGGAUUACCAGCCCGUGAGGAACCAGAUGCCCGAGGAGAAGCUGUACAAGGUAUACACGUUCAACUCAGUGAGGAAGUCCAUGAGCACAGUGAUCAAGAUGCCAGAUGGGAGCUUCCGAAUGUACAGCAAAGGGGCUUCUGAGAUUGUUCUGAAAAAGUGUUGCAAAAUCCUCAGCGCGGCCGGAGAACCCCGGGUCUUCCGUCCCCGUGACCGGGACGAGAUGGUGAAGAAGGUGAUUGAGCCAAUGGCCUGUGAUGGACUUCGGACCAUCUGUGUCGGUUAUCGAGACUUUCCCAGCAGCCCCGAGCCUGACUGGGAAAAUGAGAAUGACAUCCUCAACGACCUGACUUGCAUCUGUGUGGUUGGCAUUGAAGACCCUGUGAGACCAGAGGUCCCAGAAGCCAUUAGGAAGUGCCAGCGAGCUGGCAUCACUGUUCGCAUGGUCACCGGGGACAAUAUUAACACUGCGCGGGCCAUUGCCAUCAAGUGUGGCAUCAUCCACCCUGGAGAGGACUUCCUCUGCAUUGAGGGCAAAGAGUUCAACCGACGCAUCCGGAAUGAGAAAGGAGAGAUCGAGCAGGAACGAAUCGACAAGAUCUGGCCAAAACUCCGUGUCCUUGCUCGUUCAUCCCCCACGGAUAAGCACACUCUGGUCAAAGGCAUCAUUGACAGCACCCAUACGGAGCAGCGGCAGGUCGUGGCAGUGACUGGGGACGGGACCAAUGAUGGGCCGGCGCUGAAGAAGGCUGACGUUGGCUUUGCCAUGGGCAUCGCUGGGACCGAUGUGGCCAAGGAGGCAUCUGACAUCAUCCUGACAGAUGACAACUUCAGCAGCAUUGUCAAGGCUGUGAUGUGGGGCCGCAACGUCUACGACAGCAUCUCCAAGUUCCUACAGUUUCAACUCACGGUCAAUGUGGUGGCAGUGAUUGUGGCCUUCACUGGUGCCUGCAUCACCCAGGACUCGCCCCUGAAGGCUGUGCAGAUGCUGUGGGUGAACCUUAUCAUGGACACCUUUGCCUCCCUGGCUCUGGCCACUGAGCCCCCGACCGAGUCGCUCCUGCUGCGCAAGCCAUACGGCCGCAACAAGCCGCUCAUCUCCCGCACCAUGAUGAAGAAUAUCCUGGGACACGCUGUCUACCAGCUCACACUCAUCUUCACCCUCCUCUUUGUUGGUGAGAAAAUGUUCAUGAUCGACAGCGGGAGGAAUGCACCCCUGCAUUCACCCCCUUCAGAGCACUACACCAUCAUCUUCAAUACUUUCGUCAUGAUGCAGCUGUUCAAUGAAAUCAAUGCCCGCAAAAUCCACGGGGAGAGAAAUGUGUUUGACGGCAUCUUCAGGAAUCCCAUCUUCUGCACCAUUGUCCUGGGCACCUUCCUCAUCCAGAUAGUGAUUGUGCAGUUCGGUGGCAAACCUUUCAGCUGUUCUCCUCUCCAACUGGACCAGUGGAUGUGGUGUAUAUUCAUUGGAUUGGGAGAGCUCGUGUGGGGACAGGUUAUCGCAACAAUCCCAACCAGCCGGCUGAAGUUCCUGAAGGAGGCCGGACGACUCACCCAGAAGGAGGAGAUCCCCGAGGAGGAACUCAAUGAGGAUGUGGAGGAGAUUGACCAUGCAGAAAGAGAGCUUCGGCGGGGCCAGAUACUCUGGUUCCGGGGGUUGAACAGGAUCCAAACUCAGAUUGAAGUAGUCAAUACUUUCAAGAGUGGCGCUUCCUUUCAGGGGGCUCUCAGGAGACAGUCCUCCAUCACAAGCCAGAACCAGGAUGUAACCAAUCUUUCUAGCCCUAGUCACGUAUCGUUAUCCAAUGCUAUUUCCUCUCCUACCAGCACACCACCUGCUGCAGUUGGGCGUGAAGGGCUAAAGAACCCUGGACAGAGAGUUCAGCACGAGAGAGUGAAAUUAAAAGAGAUCCGCGUCGUGAAGGCAUUCCGUAGCUCUCUCUAUGAAGGUAUCGAAAAACCGGAAUCCAGAACCUCCAUCCAUAAUUUUAUGACUCACCCCGAGUUUAGGAUAGAAGACUCCCAGCCCCACAUCCCCCUCAUUGAUGACACAGACCUAGAAGAAGAUGCUGCUCUGAAGCAAAACUCUAGUCCGCCGUCAUCGCUGAAUAAGAACAACAGCGCUAUCGACAGUGGCAUCAACCUUACCACGGACACAAGCAAAUCAGCUACCUCUUCUAGCCCAGGGAGCCCAAUCCACAGUCUGGAGACGUCACUUUAGCUGAAGCUGUUGGUAAAAUUGUAAACGGAAGCACCGACCUGCAACCAACCAACCCACUCAUUCACCCUGAAAAUACCCGCCAAACAGCAAUUAUAAAAAAACAACAAAAAUACAAACAAAAACAAAAAACCCAAACAAAAUAAAAACAAAAACAGGAAACAAACAAAAACCUUUGCUGGCUGAGAAGCUGUUUGAACUCUUAUUCCCAUGGAGGUGAGUGAUGGAAUCACUGGCCCCAGUGGUUGGGGGAAAGGGUGGCUGAUUUACCCGCUCCCUCACAGAAACUCAAAAGUACCACCCAAGCAAGCAAGCAAGCAAGCAAAGCAAAGCAAAGCAAAGCAAGCAAGCAAGCAAGCAACCUUCCUGCAUGAAUGUACUGUCCACUUUCAGUCCUUUUCUCUUCUUCUCUUAGGCGGGAACAGCUGCGGACUCCUUUCUGAGGCUAUUUAUCUGAUUCACUGGUCUGUGAGUUUUUGAAAUGCUUGUGUGGCAUGGACUCAGUUGUAUAGAUUAAUUUAAAAAAAUUUUUGAAGUUGCAAAGCUUAACUUGCACAGUAGAUUUGCACCAAUGGGACAGAGGAACUUAAUCAACUUUUAGGAGAUGAUAUCUGUUUAUUCAUAUCUAUAUCGACAUAUACAUCAUUGAGAAUGUAUAUGGCCAUAUAGGUGUACAUACAUGGAUAUACGAAGUUUCUUUGUUGGCAUGUUGUCUUGUUUCUGCUUAAAUUGCUCUAUUUUAACUUAUUUAUGUUCUAAAAGAAGAAUGUAAUUUGUUUACAAACCUGUAGAUAAUAUCCUUAACUAUUUGUAGGAUUAAGCAAACUCUGCUGAGCUAGUAUAAAGAAGACUCAGCUCAAUGAAGAUUUCUGUAAGAUUGCACCCUUGAUGUUUUAUUAGAGCUGUGUUCUGAUUUUUGCCUGCUAUUUUUGUUAAAUAAUGUAGAUACCACUAGCAAAUAACAAAAGAAGCCAAAAUAUAACAUAUUGGAUGUAGCAAAGUAACCCAUGUAUCCAGGGCAGCGAGAUGGAAAGGCUUCCUUUGUUCAAAACACAAAAUUGAAGUGAUCAGGUUCUCCUUUUUAAAUAAAUUGCUUGAACUGGUUUUGGUGUGAUGCUCACUGCUGGAGGCCGUUUCAGUAUUACUUGGAUGGUGGCGGCUUCUGUAAAAGGAUUUUGGUCUUUUAAAGGAUUCUACGAUCUUGAAACGCCCACUUGAGUUUAUCAAGAACAAUUGCAAAAUAAGUUAUAUUUGGUUUAUCUGUAUGGAGAUCAAAGUAGUGUUGAAAUCUCGUGAUCUAGAAAUAUUGUGUUGAUUUUUUUCCAUUAGUAAUUUAGAGAUUUAGUUUUCUGGCCCUUGGGACACCAAUCACUCCGCUUGGUUGCUUUUACAUGGCUUUUCUAAGGAGACCCUCAUUUUACCGCACUAUCUAGAGCUGAAUGAACCUUAUGACGUGUAUCUUGAGAUGUGCUUUGUGUGAUUUUUAAACCCAGCUUUCCUUCCUGUAGUCACAAUAUAUAUGAUAUAUACUGUAGCAAAUUAACAAUGUUGUUUUACUGAUGUACUGAGUUUUCCACACGGAAAGACAUUGUGAAAGCCGACGGUAUCACGGGUGAGAGAAUUAAGUUUUUUUCCUCCCCAAACUGGUAACAGCCCUAGUAACAAACCUACUUAUUAUGAGCAUCUACAAUUGCUAUGUCAACCACUUGAAUGCUAAGCACUUUGUGGGUCAUGAAUAUUUUUCAGAAACAACUUUUGUAUUUAAUACAAAGUUUGCUUUAAAGUUUUCCGCAGAACGACCUUUUUCCAUAGCUUUGUACAGGGCCCAAAGACAUUUUGAAUACCAUGCUUGAUAACAGCAGGUGUGUUGUGGAAAAAGCCCACUGUCCAACUAGCUUUGCUAAAUUGAUUGUUGUGCUAAUCCUUUCCCGCCAUACAAAACUUGGCAAGGAAUGUGGUGUGUCGCUGCAGGCCGCCGACUAGAACACGCUGCAGAAUCCCUCACAGCGCUGCAGAUUGAAACGACUAAGAGGUGUCCGGGGGCAACCGGACCAUUCAGCCAGGUAGAACCCUAGCCAGCUUGAAUUGCCAGUUUCUGGCCCUUUGUGGAGAAACUCAAAUGUGUUUGGCUCAAACCGGGCCCCGUGUUUGAUCCAAACCUUCCUCUAAAGCACGACUCUUGCUGAACAGCCGGCCUUUCACAGCCUGCAGACUCUUUCUUGGUGGAUAGUAAAAACCCAGAUUUUAGCAGUGAAAAGCCUGACCUAAAGUCACGAUGGAAUUUAACUCAUUCUUACCACCAGCCUGACUGGAAGCUAGUCAGGAGUGCUCUCAGCAUUGUAAAUAUGGUGACUAAUCUUUGUAGACAUUUAUGGGGUCUCUGAGCCUUUUUGGGUUAAAGAAAAACAACCCCCCCAAACCCCAUUCUCCGCUCUGUGCUAGGCAAAGAAGGGGUCUCUGGUUUGGACUUGCACAUCUGCGAAUUCUGUCAGGACUGAUUCUUGGUUUAUUUUCAACAUCUUAGAGUUGAUUUUUUUCCCAUUCUGGAAGCCCUAUUUCUGUUUCCCCGAUCUCCCCAUUUUUGUGUCAGCAUCGUGUUCAUUUUUCUCCUGCACAAUCUUUCCCCAGAGCAGCUAGGAACCAUUUUCCUUCUGGAAGCUGGUUUCUGUGAAUAGAUGCUGCAGUCUCUGUGUAUAUACAGUAACAGAAUAUAAACUAAGAUGCAUAGAAAGUUGGGCCUUCUUUGACCAGAGCCUUUGCUUGACAUUAUAUGAUAAAUGAUACAGCUUUUUUGUUAUUUUUGAAGCAGAAUAGGUAGAAUGAAUUCUCAACCUUGAAUCUUGCAUCACAGUUUCUUUCUUUUGUUGCUUGACCUCUCUGUGUUGGGAACAAUGGAUCAAACACACACACACACACACACACACACACACAAUGAUUGGUUUGUUGAAACUCACUGCAAUCCAUAAAAGCUUGCACUCUGUGUACUGUAUCUAGCAGCAUGGGGUUUGUGAUAAACAAUACAGUGGUAUAUUUGGCAAUCCAUCCCAUUAGGGGUUAUCAGUCUACGUUCAUUCAUCUGUUUUUAUGAAUUUUUUUAUCUAGACAAUAAUUGUAAAUAAAGAACUCACAGUCUCUGUUCAUUUAAUACUAUGCAAAGGUUAUGCUUUCCAGUGUUAUUGUUAUUCUUAUUCCUACAGUGUGGUCCUGGAAUGUUUGUGGUUUAAAAAAAAAGAAAAAAGUAAGUAAACUAUGUGCUGUAAAUUAUUUUAUAGUUUGGAACAAAAUGAUCCGGUUUGUCUCCUGCUGCUUCCCGUCUGAUGGAGCUCUCUUGGCAGGGGCACAAAUGGAAAAUAAGAAUUCAAAAAUAAAUUCCCAAAGCAGCAUGAACAAA